AAAAAAGUAAACCCUGAUUUACAAGUAGAAGUAAAGCCCAGUAUUCGAGCAAGGAAAAUUCAAGAAGAGAAGAUGAGGAAACAGAUGCAGAAAGAAGAAUACUGGAGAAGGCGAGAAGAGGAAGAACGCUGGAGGAUGGAAAUGAGGCGAUAUGAAGAGGACAUGUACUGGAGGAGAAUGGAGGAAGAGCAGCAUCACUGGGAUGACCGCUGCAGAAUACCAGAUGGAGGAUAUCCUCAUGGUCCUCCAGGACCUCUAGGCCUGCUGGGAGUUAGACCAGGAAUGCCUCCUCAGCCCCAAGGACCAGCUCCUCUACGCCGCCCUGACUCCUCUGAUGACCGCUAUGUGAUGACCAAACAUGCAGCUAUAUAUCCAACAGAGGAGGAACUGCAAGCAGUCCAAAAAAUUGUUUCUAUUACUGAGCGUGCUUUGAAACUUGUUUCUGACAAUAUGAUUGACCGUGAAAAAAACAAGAGCAAAGAGGGAGAUGACAAAAAAGAUGGCAGUAAAGACAGAGCUUUGAAAGGAGUUUUACGGGUGGGCGUUUUGGCUAAAGGUUUGUUACUCCGUGGAGACCGAAACGUCAGUCUUGUUUUGUUAUGUGCUGAGAAGCCUUCAAAGAUGUUACUCAGUUGUAUUGCUGAAAAUCUUCCCAAACAACUUGCAGUAAUAAGUCCUGAGAAAUAUGAUAUCAAGUGUGCAGUCCCAGAAGCCGCAAUAAUUUUAAAUUCAUGUGUGGAACCCAAAAUGCAAGUUACUAUCACACUGACAUCUCCAGUCAUUCGGGAGGAGAACAUGAGGGAUGGAGAUGUAACCUCGGGUAUGGUGAAAGACCCACCGGAUGUCUUGGACAGGCAAAAAUGCCUUGACGCUCUGGCUGCUCUACGCCAUGCUAAGUGGUUCCAGGCUAGAGCUAAUGGUCUGCAGUCCUGUGUGGUUAUCAUACGUAUUCUCCGUGACCUCUGUCAACGGGUUCCAACUUGGUCUGAUUUUCCAAACUGGGCUAUGGAGUUGCUUGUGGAAAAAGCAAUUAGCAGUGCUACUGGACCACAGAGUCCUGGGGAUGCAUUAAGAAGAGUUUUUGAAUGUAUAUCUUCAGGAAUCAUCCUUAAAGGUGGUCCUGGCCUUCUGGAUCCUUGUGAGAAAGAUCCUUUGGAUACACUUGCUGUAAUGACAGAUCAACAACGUGAGGAUAUUACUUCAAGUGCACAGUUUGCACUGAGACUCCUUGCAUUCCGUCAAAUACACAAAGUUUUAGGAAUGGAUCCAUUACCACAGAUGAAUCAACGUUUCAACAUCCAUAAUAAUCGUAAAAGGAGAAGGGACAGUGAUGGGGUUGAUGGAUUUGAAGCAGAGGGAAAAAAAGACAAAAAGGAUUAUGAUAACUUUUAAAACUCUUAAAAAUGUCAUUAGUGCUAAGAUUGAAGGUGAUAAAAAGUCCAUUUGUUGCCUUGCUUUUAAAUUGACAUAAUAAUGUCUGUUUUAAACAUCCUAAACCAACUUAGUAAUUAGAUUUGGAAGAGAAAAAUGUACUUCUUCUGUGAGAUUCUGAAUAUUUUAAUGAUGUACUGUAUCAGAAGAUUACGGAUGGAAAGACUGCAAAUGGAAACUGUCAUUGGAAAAAAUAGGUUUUUUCCUCAUUGCAUUUUCUUUAAAUGUGUUGCUAAAUUUAGUCUCCAUCUCUCUGUCUCUCUUGUGUAUUGUCUUAUCUUGAGUGUAUUUAAUGCAGCAUUUGUGCUUCUGUUGCUAUGUGUAUUUUGAUUUUUUUUUAUUUAGAAGAUUUCUUUUGAUUGCCUUUGACACUAGUUGUAUAAGUUGUAUAAGUUACAUUGUGUUAGUAUAAACUGUUUCCCUCCCAAUUAAUAUUUUACAGGACUUCAUUUUGUAAAGUGAAACUGCAGGAUUAUGUUUUUGUUUUCCUAAAUGUGAAGGGGUUACAACACAUAGUUAUCCUGCCAUUUGAAUGCUCAGAAUUAAAUGAUUUUGCCAGUCUUGUGGCAUUUGUCUCUUUAGUGUGAUAUAAUGGUGUAAUUAAGACAAAUUUUUGUUAAUCUAAUCAAAUUUGCUGUUAGUUGUGUAUUAGCAGUAUAAAAGCUAAUAUAUACAGUAUGGUCUUGCAACAGUUUUAAAUCAACUGCAUAAUGAUCAAAGAUUUGCAUGAUGUUUUCGAGUUUUUUAAUAUAAAGGCAUUUAAAAUUAUCAUUUUAGGUUUAAUGCAUAGGUUUUGUAUGAUUGACUUUGUGACAUAGCAAGGUCAAAACAUAACUUUCUGAAUUUCUUUUUUCAACCUACAAACAGAAGCAGGCUUUUCCCAUUUAGACAAAAUUAGUAAUUCUUUCAGUCCACUUUGUUGAUAUUAUAUUAAUGCCUCUCAGCCCUUAAAAUAAAUACUUACCAUAUCAGUGCCUGUAAGGCUAUUCCUUAUAGCUAUUUCUGUAUACAUUUUCUGUGAUUUUUUUAAAUAAUUCAGAUUUUAAUAAGUAAUAUAUUACUGAAAAAGCAAAUGUUAUCAAAGGAAAACAACAACCCAGAAAAUUGUUUGAUGUGGCCAUAGUAUAUGCUUAUGUCUCUUUCAAAAAGAUAAAUAUAGCAGUGGUAUAGUAAAAUUACAUCAUACUAUUGAUGUAUGCUCUGGUACACAGGUGUGAUUUGUUGUCACUGCACUACAGUGGAAUAUGCAAAUAAAAACUAAAAUGUAUUAAAUUACUAAGAUUCAUUAAUAUACUUGGAACUGAAGUUCACUCAUGCUGUUCAGUGUGUAUUAUGCUUUGUUGCAAACCCAUAAAACUCACAGAUUAACACAUACUAACAUUCUGGUAACUACUGAUGGCUGUAGGAGUGUAUCACAUGUUAUAAAGAUCAUUUGUUAUUUAUGGUACAAUUAAAAAAAACUUGUGUUCUAUUUUGAGGUCAAAUUUAUCUUUGACCUUUUUAAUAAAUAACUCUUGGAGUAGGGGGAUAUUUUUUUUAAAUGCUUAUUGCUAACAGCAUAGGUCUGUGAAAUAGAAAUACGGUAUUUUAGAAAAAUAGAGGGAAUCUUAAGGAAAGAUUUUCAUACAGUGCUCUUCAAGCAUCAGAAGAGUGCAGUUUUAAAAGGAGUGGUUAUUAGUGGUUAGCAAAUAAAAGGCUUUCUCAUUGUAGGAAAGAUUUCUUACCAAUUUCAGCCUCAAAAAUACAUUAGUUAACGUGCUUUAAUAUUACUAGUUUCUGUUGUCCAGCCUUGAUGUGUGGCUCCAAGCAUGUACUCGUUCUUACUUGGUGGUUUCUGGUUGUUUGGGAUUUUUCGUUUGGUUGGUUGGUUUUUUUAAGAGGGAUAUCUUGCUACCAUGGUGUCUAAUUAGCCAUUACUGUUUAUUUUGAAAGCUACAGGUGCUAUUAUUGUGGCUAGUUCAACUCCAUACCAAAGUUUCUUUCUUCAUAAAGCAAACAUGUUUUUCCGGCAUGUGAUUGACCAUAAAAUUUAGGAUUAAAAAAAUCAAAGAUGUAUUUUGGGUUUCCUGUAUUUUUGUUCUAUUGGCUUUUAACCAGUUUCUGGAUCUUUUGAACUAUUGUAUACCUAAAGUGAUUCCAAGUUAAAUAUGAAGUUGUGACUAUGAUUUUUGAGCUGUGUGGUGAAGAGUGAAUUUGCAGCUUAUUUCUGUUUUACCUGCCCAUUUUAAUUGGCUAUUUUAACUUUGUAACUUCUGACUCUUGUUAAGCUAAGAAGAAUGGAAAACCAAGGUUUUAAAAAGUACAGAGCUAGCUUUGUUUUUAAAUAUUACAUCAUGUGCUUAGGAAGACAAAGAUAAGACCAAGUAAUCAAUUUACAAACAAGUAAUCAUUUUAAUACCCUAUGUUUUGAGAAUGCUAGUGGUUUACUUAUAAACAGUGUUUACCUUUUUUAUUCAGCAGUGCUGUGUGUUAAAUCUCAAAGUGCCAGGUGCUAUAGUCAUAAUACACAAAAGAGAAAUGUACAUAGGAAGAAUUUUCUCCUCAGUGCUCACUUUAGAGGAACAAUUUAGUAAAAUGAGAGCUGUUCUGUUUUGAAGUGAUUUCAGGCUUUGACUUUUCUGCCUAGUUUUUGUCCUGUCUGUGAGCAGUGUGGUUUCAUGUGGGUUCCUGUAGAGGCAUUGAUAGAAAUACAAGUCUGUUGGAUACAGCCCAUCAACUUCUUGCCCUAUUAUAGAAUGUUAAUAUGAAUUGUUAGUCUUAUAGAGCUAUUGAAUGUGAUGGAUUUAUUUGCUGCUUCUAUUUUUAGACCUAUUUCACUACUCAGAAGUGAUUUAAUAGUAAUUAAAAUUUUUGUAUUGGAAUCAACUUUAAAUAUUCCUAUACCAUUUUUAUGUAUAUUUAACAUUCUUGUUACUUGUUGAAUAUCUACUGAUGUAAGUGAAAAAUUCAUGCAAUGACAAAUUAAUUUCUUUAUUAAACAAUUAAGACUUGUUUGUACUACCCAAAUAGAUUUUAUCAGCAUAACACUAGUAAUAGAGAGGAAAAAAAAGAAAUUGGGAGGCAUAAUUUGCAAUCUGUUGGUUUUUCCCACUUAUAUCGUAGGUUUACAUAGUUCAGUGAUAGAUUCAACCAGAACAACUGUUUUCCUUCUGUGUGUUUUUUUAUCUCUGAAAGCUGUAAGCCAAAGAGCUUUCCUAGCCAAAAAAGGCUAGCAAAUUAGAUUUCUUCUGAGAUAUUUUUAUAAAUCUUCUCAAGAGUUCUCUUUUCCUGCAGUGUGAUAUUUCUCAGCCUUUUCAAAAUGAAACAGACACCUAGUCUUUUGAGGAGGAAAAAAUAUUUAAGGAGUGUCAUCAACAGAUUUAUCACAAUGGUUUUGAUUUUGGUGCCAAAACAGCACAGAAAAACUGCUUAGAGACAAAUUUGUGUCUUUAAACAGCAAGGUAUUUAUUGCAUACAACGUUGGAGAGCCCCCGAUUCGCAUCGGACAAAGUAACUCUAAAGUUUGAGUCAGAAGUCAGGGGUUUUAUUUGAGGAGAUGUACAGGGGUCAUUCUGUUCUUCGGCCCCACUUUUGGAGUUGAACUCUUCAACUUUCUUUGUUUCUCUGACUUCAAGUUAGGGUUUGCAAAACUCUCCUUGACCCACCACCCCUCUAUCUCCCUGGAUGCCAUCCUCUCUUUAUUUAUGACUACUAGGUUGACCUUUCUGCUAUUUUUUACCAGAACAGAACAAAUUAUUUCUACUAUAUUUCUAAGCUAAUCCUUAGAGCCUGGUCCCUGCUUUUGCUAUAUUUUAACAUAAAUAUCACAUUCCUCAGAGCAAGGUCCCAAGAACCAGAUUUCGACCCCUCUAAGUUAACUCUUUAAAUCCUUUCUCUGUUUCAAUUUACAUCCAAAUAAAAAUCAGGGUUAAUUUUCUUAAUGUCUAAUAAUUUGUGUUCUCCCAUUUUGUUCCAUUUUCUCAUUUGGAUUUAUGAAAAUGUGCAAAUUAUUGAAUUGUUAAGGUUGAAAAAAGCCUCUUAGAUCAUCGAGUCCGUGUAUAUAUAUUCCUAGUACUGAGAAAAUUUGAAGUUACUGAACUGUAUUCUGAUGUUUUAGAGUUUGCAUUUGUAGAGGGUUGACCUUGGCUGGAUGCCAGGUGUGAACCAAACUGCUCUAUCACUCCCCUUCCCAACCAGACAAGGGUGAGAGAAUAAGAUGGAAAACUACUCUGUAAGGUGAUAGAAAGGCUACACAAAAGGAGAAAAAAAAGUCAUGAUGGUUCCCUGGAAGACCCCAGCACCUGGGGACACAUUCCCAGAAACUGAUAAGAGGAUUAAACAAAGAAAGGCAUGAUAUGGAGAUAACACGGCCUUUUUUCAAAAACAUCCUGCCAGACAGAAACUCAGGAAAAUGACCCUUGGACCUAUGUCCCUUGUCUAUCACCCCAAAAUUACUUUAUUGACUAUAGCCACUCAAGAAAAAGGUAUAAAAUGAUAUUGGACAUAAGCAAAAAUGGGGGAGAAGUUCCAUCAAUUCUGUGGAGGUAGCUGACAGGCUACCUUUUCUCCUUCCACUUCUGGGGAUGCCUGGAAGGUGAGACGUAUCUUAUGCAUGCUAAUUACCUGUUUCUAAAUAACUGGAGCUUACUUUUUCCUCAUAGUAUUCUUAGUAAGUUGCUGUACUCUGAAGUUUUUGCUUCUAUUUCUUCAGAGUGUUUUUAGCACUUUGCUUUAGAGUGUGUGCUUAGAUCUGGUUUUAUUAUUACUACAUAGUUUAAGUGUAAUUUUUGCAGUUAGAUGCUAUUCCAGACACAAUGAAUCCCGUAAAUUGUCACAAAUUUGUAUUAAUAAAUGUGUUAUUUCGUGAACUGCUAGAGUGAGUCCAUUUUUAGGUCAGUUUUGUUGAUGGUCAAAUAACUCAUAGGAGAAACUUGCUGAGGAGUUUCCCUAUUGCUAUUAAGUGCAGUCCCUAUAUAAAGGUAUUAAAUGUCCUGUCCAUCUCAGUGAAUCUGUUAAGCGAAGGGUCUCCUCUUAAUGACACGCUAACAGACUACUUUGGACAUUAAAAGGCUUUGAUCUCCUGGGGGACACACUGAUAGACAAAAAAUAAAUUAAUACAGUGUCCUAGUUAGAGCAGUUGGGACCAGUUCAUCACUGUGUGGGUGUAAUCCAAACUGGGUAUUCUACACCCUCUAUGUCAUUUCCCAGAAACUGUUAACAAUAGACCAUUUGCAGCAGCUGCCCAGAGCACACCUGACCCCUCAGGCUAUAAGCUGGGUGUUAAGAGGCCUGUGAGAUAGGAGAAUGUUCCUGUCCUCAUACCCAUGACUCACAAUCACCCAUUGUGGAACUCCCUGCCCUGGAGGAGGUACUGGGCAUUCCUACCAGAACCUGAGGGUCUUGGGACUUCUGGUACCACUCAUUGGAUCCAGAGGAGGACCAGAACCUCAACCAGACUGUGAUCACCACUCUUGACCAGACUGCGACCAUCACUGUCACCAACAGGUUUUCCUUCUUUUUACUUUGGACUCAGGGGGACCACAUGGGGCUCUGCACGGGGGCCAACGCACACCAUUAUGUUCAUGCCCCAGAGUGCUGGGUUAUACAUCUGGGGUUUGUGGGUUAAAACUCAUCACUUGUUGGUAUAAUUGUAUUUAUUGUAUUAUUUUUAUUAAAUUGUAACUGACUUAUUA